AUGGCCGUGCGCUCCCGCCGCCCGUGGGUGAGCGUGGCAUUAGGACUGGUGCUGGGCUUCACCGCCGCGUCCUGGCUCAUCGCCCCCAGGGUGGCCGAGCUGAGCGAGAGAAAGAGACGGGGCUCCAGCCUCUGCUCCUACUACGGCCGCUCGGCCGCUGGCCCCGGCGCGGGCGUGCAGCAGCCGCUCCCCGAGCCCCAGUCCCGGCCGCGGCAGGAGCAGUCGCCGCCCCCCGCGCGCCAGGACCUCCAGGGGCCGCAGCUGCCCGACGCAGCGCCCGGGGUUACCAGUUUUCGGAGCAGCCCCUGGCAGCAGCCACCUCUGCUGCAGCAGCGGCGGCGAGAACGUGAGCCCGAGGGCGCGACCGGGCUUCCUGGCGCUCCAGCGGCCGAGGGGGAACCCGAGGAGGAGAACGGGGGCGCGGCUGGACAGCGGAGAAGCGGCCGGCCGGGGAGUAGCCACAACGGUAGCGGGGACGGGGCCGCCGCCGCCCCGAGCGCCAGACCCCGGGACUUCCUGUAUGUGGGGGUGAUGACCGCGCAGAAGUACCUGGGCAGCCGCGCGCUGGCGGCACAGCGGACCUGGGCGCGCUUCAUCCCCGGCCGCGUGGAGUUCUUUUCCAGCCAGCAGCCCCCUAACGCCGCGCUUGGCCAGCCUCCGCCACCCCUGCCUGUCAUCGAGCUGCCGGGGGUGGACGACUCCUACCCUCCCCAGAAAAAGUCCUUCAUGAUGCUCAAGUACAUGCACGACCAUUACCUGGACAAGUAUGAGUGGUUCAUGCGCGCCGACGACGAUGUCUACAUCAAAGGUGAUAAGUUAGAAGAGUUUCUUAGAUCACUGAAUAGCAGCAAGCCUCUCUACCUGGGACAGACUGGCCUGGGAAAUAUUGAAGAGCUUGGAAAGCUGGGGUUGGAGCCUGGGGAGAACUUCUGUAUGGGAGGACCUGGCAUGAUCUUCAGUCGAGAAGUUCUCAGGAGGAUGGUGCCGCAUAUUGGUGAAUGCCUUAGAGAAAUGUACACGACUCACGAGGAUGUGGAAGUAGGAAGAUGCGUUCGCCGUUUUGGUGGGACUCAGUGUGUCUGGUCUUAUGAGAUGCAACAACUGUUCCAUGAAAAUUAUGAACACAAUCGGAAAGGAUAUAUCCAAGACCUUCACAAUAGUAAGAUCCAUGCAGCCAUAACACUUCAUCCCAACAAAAGGCCUGCAUACCAAUACAGGCUUCAUAAUUACAUGCUCAGUCGCAAAAUUUCUGAACUUCGCUACCGCACCAUCCAGCUCCACAGGGAGAGUGCUCUGAUGAGCAAGCUCAGUAACACCGAAGUGAGCAAAGAGGACCAGCAGCUGGGAGUGAUGCCUUCUUUCAACCACUUCCAGCCUCGGGAGAGAAAUGAAGUGAUAGAAUGGGAGUUCCUGACAGGAAAGCUCAUUUACUCAGCAGCUGAGAGUCAACCUCCUCGACAGAGCAUCAAUAGCAUCCUAAGAACAGCACUGGAUGACACUGUCCUACAGGUGAUGGAGAUGAUCAAUGAGAAUGCCAAGAGUAGAGGACGGGUCAUUGACUUCAAGGAGAUUCAAUAUGGCUACCGCAGAGUUAAUCCCAUGCAUGGGGUGGAGUACAUUUUGGAUUUACUCCUCUUAUACAAAAGACACAAGGGAAGGAAACUGACCGUGCCAGUGAGACGUCAUGCCUAUCUUCAGCAGUUAUUCAGCAAGCCUUUCUUCAGAGAAACUGAAGAGCUGGAUGUCAACAGUCUCGUGGAGAGUAUUAACAGUAACACUCAGUCAUUCUCCUUCAUAUCUAAUUCUUUAAAGAUAUUAUCUUCUUUUCAAGGUGCCAAAGAAAUGGGAGGGCAGAGUGAAAAGAAAAUACACAUUCUUGUUCCUCUCAUUGGAAGGUAUGAUAUUUUCUCGAGAUUCUUGGAGAACUUUGAAAAUACGUGUCUUAUCCCAAAGCAGAAUGUAAAGCUAGUUAUCAUCCUUUUCAGUAGAGAUGCUGGCCAAGAUUCCAUCAAGCAUAUUGAGCUGAUAAAAGGGUACCAGAACAGGUACCCUAAUGCAGAAAUGACCCUGAUUCCUAUGAAGGGAGAGUUUUCCAGAGGUCUUGGUCUAGAAAUGGCUUCUUCCCAGUUUGACAAUGACACUUUGCUGCUAUUUUGUGAUGUUGACUUGAUCUUCAGAGGAGACUUUCUCCAACGAUGUAGAGACAAUACAAUUCAGGGACAACAGGUAUACUACCCCAUCAUCUUUAGCCAGUAUGACCCAAAGGUAACCAAUGGGGGAAAUCCUCCCACUGAUGAUGACUUUGUAUUCUCAAAGAAGACUGGAUUUUGGAGAGACUAUGGAUAUGGAAUCACCUGUAUUUACAAAAGUGAUCUUCUAGGUACAGGUGGAUUUGAUACCUCAAUACAAGGCUGGGGACUGGAAGAUGUAGAUCUCUACAAUAAAGUGAUUCUUUCUGGUUUAAGGCCCUUCAGAAGUCAAGAAGUAGGAGUGGUGCAUAUUUUCCAUCCAGUUCAUUGUGAUCCUAACUUGGAACCUAAGCAGUAUAAGAUGUGCUUAGGAUCCAAGGCAAGUACUUUUGCCUCAACCAUGCAACUGGCUGAACUCUGGUUAGAAAAACAUUUGGGCGUCAGGUACAAUCGAACUCUCUCCUGA